AUGCGUUUACGAGAAAAAGAAUUGGGACUGCACCACAAAGAGGUGAAGGCUAAAUUAGAGGCUGAAAAAAAUCGUGCUGACGUAGAAAUUGCAGAAAGAAAAUUAUCAAUACAAUUGCUGCAAUCGCAGAACUUACGUCGUGCUAUUAGUUCCUUAAACAAACUUCUCCUCACACUGCGUUUUUUACCGACAGGCGAUUUGUAUAUCGCCAUAGGAGGUUUCAUUAGUAUCCGCAAAACUACUGCAGGCAGAAUUAUCAAACAAGUAGUUAAUGCUCUGUGCAGUAUAUUCCCACAACAUGUAUUUCUUCCUCGAACAGAAGAAGAGCAGAUGAAAGCAGAAAUUGAUUUCUUUAUGAUAUCCCGUUUUCCUAGAGUAAUAGGAGCAAUGGAUUGCACCCACAUAAAAAUUAAAUCUCCUGGAGGGGACAAUGCGGAAGUUUACCGCAACCGCAAAUGA